AAAAAUGGAGGAACCCGGGGAAAUAUCCCCGAAUGAUCUCGAGAUUAUCGAAUCUCAUAAAAACAUUAUUGAGCGAGACUCAAAAGAGGUUUCCGGAAAAUGGAGAAUAAUCGCCAUUUUUUUGCACUUCAUUUGUGCAGGCUCUGGAUACGGUUGUUCAACAUUAUUCUACAUUUUCUGGGAACACAUUUUUGGACUGAACUGUCCCAUCUGGGCGAGACUGGAGUCCCCGAUACAUGUCAGACGGCUCAGGGAAAUGGGAAGUGAGAUGGUUGAGGAAGAGGGCCCCGAAAUUGUCACUGACGACUGGAGGAAAAAAUUGAUAAUCGAGUUUAAACAUGACUUCCACUGCAAUUUUUUCUUCUAUAUUAGUUUGUGCUCGUGUUCCUUCGGGGUUGUGUGGCUUAUGCUGUUCUGGAGGUGUGGAAAGGGCGGAUAUGACACGAGAGUUUUUACAGCCCCUUGGAGGAUUGUUCCGCCUGCAUUACUAUUUCAUCUAAUUUUUUCACCGAUUGUCAUCGGGGUUGUUCACGAUUUUUUAUAUGGCUACUGGAGUUUUACGAAGAAUUUGAAGACAGUGGCAUCAUCAUACAUGAAUGCAACGGAAAUAUCGAGCUUUGAGAACCACUGCGAGAUAGUCUCAUAUUACCUAGAGGUUUACAACAUCAAAAGAUACGAUGUUUGCUACGUUUACACAGCUCUUCAGGUAUUUGCAUGGAUAAUGGCCUGGAGUUGGCUUUUAAUUCUCGGAACUCUCUCCCUGCGCGUGAUAACAGCCGCUGACUUUCGCUUGCUCAUCACUACUGUAUACAAAGUUCCUAAGAGAUCGUCAAGUGAGCAGGGGACUGCUGUUGAGAUACGCGAGACUCUGGAGCCACCACCCACGAAGAAGAGAAUGAAGAAGAUAAUUUUUGCGAUUCCAGAACGAGACCGCAAUCAAUCGAAUCGAUCAUCUCUCGCAAUUUGA